AUGAGGUUUGUGAAGGGUGAGCGGCACACACUUCCGGUCGUGCAUGUGUGCCUAGUCGUGCCUCCCCUAGUGGCGGAGGUGCCGUUGGUGGAGGGCGGCGGUCGAAAUGUGUGUCCUGCGACUCUAGCUGCACGGUUCGAGGCGGUGGUGGGUGUGUCGAAAGGUUGGGACCCGGCAGUCACGAGCGAAAAGAGUGGUAAUAUGUGGCGGCGGUUAUUGCCUGUAGAGUCAUGGGUGACUUCGUUUGCGGAAGUGUGCGAGUCUGAUUUUUGCGGUCGCGUGGGGAAGGCAUGGCUGGAGCUGGCGGCGAUUUUGACGACUUACUUGGAGUCGCCGGUAGACCAAGUCUUGGGCCCCGCGUUGGCGGGAGUGCGGGCUCGACUGGAGCCGGCGUUUUGGACAGCGCGCUGUCCCGAACGGAAGAUGGAGGUCUGGCUACUAGCCAGCUUCCUGCAGCGCUGUGAGCCGUUGUGUCCGCAACCUACGAAACAUGCGUUCGUGAACUACGUGUGGUACUUGAUCGUCCACGAGUUGGGCUUCGUGCCAGGUGUGGAGUUGGAGUGCUCGCGCGAUGAACCGCUGAACUUCAAAACUUACCGGUCACGCCUCUCCGGUGGCAAGGGCUGGAGACGCAAGAAUGAGCACUGUCCCGCGAAUCGGCUGAAGCGUUUGGUGGCCGUUUCUGCAGCUGAGUUCGCGCGCGAGUACGGCCAGAUAUCCUCGCGUUCGACCUUUGAAGCACCACUGGCGGCCUAUGCAGCUCACAAGCUACGCCAGCCAGCGCCGACGGACGCGCCUAAUGCGACGGUGUGGACGGGCGAAUUUGACCAUCUGCGGGCGACCGAAGCGCUCUUCAGCCUCUUAACUGCUGAACAGCGCCAGAAGAUGCGCCGCCUAGCCGAAGGCGACCUAGUUGGUGACGACUCAGAGAAGCAGCAGAAUCAUCCAGCGCAGGGCCACCAAACGAACCCCUUCUGUUGCGAGUUGACCGUUUGCCACAUCGACUUUUUGGAACUCGCAGCCGCCCUCUGCCAAUUCGUGCGCUACCCCUUCGGACGUCUGGGCACCUGGGCAAAACCGCUCCUCCACCACGUUCGUCACUCCCCGUACGCCAGGACACUGAUAGACGUCUGGACCACUGCUUGCCUCCUACAGUACUCGGGCAUCGAAUCUGAGAUCCUCCAUCGGUUCUGCGAACACACUCUCAACUUUCACCCUCGGAAGACAAUCUACCAAUUCGACUGCUAUCGGGUGUGCGAAUCGGCCGUCUCCAGAUCGGUCAAGAACCCAUCAACCGGUUACGAUAUGCGUCAAAGGCUACAGAACGUUAACCCGAGCUGUCGUCUGGUCUCUCUGGACAAGUUCCUCUCAAAAAACGCUCCGAAAGGAUUCGAAUGGGGAACAGACCUCGCUCAGAGCCUCAACCAGGAUACACCGAAAGAGAUGGAGACCGACCAGGCCCAAGCUAGCUGCGACCAAGUUAGCCGCCACAACGUUAGUCGCAUGACCGUGAUAAGACAUCUGGAGGAACGGUGCACGGUCGAGGACGCGUCGGUGCCGCUUCUCCUGUACCUGCUCAAAGUUCGCGACGGUGACGGCUUUGUCUUGACCGACGAAAAUGUUGGAAACCUUCAGCGGUGGCUGGACGCGGACGAGGGCAAGGCGAUGGACGUGGACGAGGGCAAGGCGAUGGACGCGGACGAGGGCAAGGCGAUGGACGUGGACGAGGGCAAGGCGAUGGACGUGGACGAAAGCAAGAUCGAGGGCGGGAUCACGAUGUACCACCUGGCCACCGUGCCGGGCGCUCGGCGUGGGAGUCAGCGAGCACAGUGUCGCGUUAUGACGCAAUUGCUCGAGUUAUUCCGAGUGCCGCCGGCGUCUUUAGCGGAGUUCAUGCUCAGGACCUGGUAUUGGGCAAGCAUUGUGGAGGCAUGGGCGCAGGUCGACCCGCGACUGCUGGUCGAGCCGAUGCCGGCUCACAUGGCCUCGGCCGUCUCUAAGGAGCAGCAGAAGGAGAUUCUCGUCGACGUCCUGACUCGCUUCGCCAGCCGAACAGUAAAUAGGGAAGAGCAGCGAGCGGCACGCGUUUUCGGUCAUGAUCUGUAG